AUGCAGGAAGGCACGAGUACGCUGCCGCUGAAUACCAGCAGAGGGCUUAUACAGGAUGGCGAUACUGUCCUCCUCCGGCUCCCCAAUGGGGACGUCCGAAGCAUAAAAUUGGAGAAGGACUCAACGGUCAAUCUCGGUCGAGUGGGAUCCUUCAAUGCAUCGGAUUUAUUUAACCACACCUAUGGAUUGACCUACGAUAUAUCGGGCAAAAAGUUGGAAGUCAUCCCACCUCGCUCAAUCCAGGAAGUAGAGGACACCGAAGCCACCAAUGAACUCAUCAAUGAUGGGGAGUUCGUCCAACCUCUCACCUCGGAAGAGAUCGAGACAUUGAAAAAGUCGGGCGUGCCUGCUUCGGAAAUCAUCAAAAGGCAGAUUGAGCAGCACGCAAACUACUCCCUCAAGACUGAAUACUCUAAGGAGAAAUACAAGAAAAGGAAAGAGGCAAAGUACUCGAAAACCUUCACCACAAUUGAGCCGACCUUGUUCAAUGUCUGCGAGUACUGGUUCAAGAAGGACCAGAGUCGAUUGCGAGACAUCCGAUGUGAUACACUAUCACAAAUGCUUCAUUUGGCGAGCGUCAGGCCCGGAGGGCGGUAUAUCGUGGUGGACGAUGCGUCCGGAAUUCUUGUGGCUGGCGUUCUGGACCGAUUGUCCGGUGACGGACGCGUGAUUUCCAUCUGCGAUGUCGAAUCAUCACCCGCAUACCCGGUCUUAACCCAGCUCAAUCUGAAGAAGGAAGCUUUGUCUACGGUACUCUCUUCUCUAAAUUGGGCCACCGCGGACGAGGAAUAUAUUCCGAUGCUAGCCGCGAGUGGGACAUCUCGAGAAGUUAAAUCUGAGCGACAAAAGGUGCGCGCCUCCAAGCGCAAAGCAGCCGGUGAUUCCCUUGUGAGCGUCAGGGAGGAACUGUUCGACGGAGAGUUCGAUGGCCUCCUCGUUGCUAGCGAAUAUGACCCGCUAUCGAUAGUCGAAAAGUUGUCGCCAUAUCUUGCUGGUUCUGCUUCGAUAGUUGUCCAAAGUCCCAAUAUUCAGGUCCUUGCUGAUUUACAGAGCCAAAUGCGUCAGAUACCCCACUACUUAGCGCCAGCUGUUACUGAGGUUUGGCUGCGUCGCUAUCAGGUUCUUCCUGGACGGACUCAUCCCUUCAUGAAUAUGUCCGGUUCCGGGGGCUUUCUUCUGCACGCGAUAAAGAUGUAG